AUGAGUAAUUUACUAUUCCAUAACUUCAGUAAGGAAGAAGAUGAAGAUAACUUUUCCAAUGUUUCUGACAAUGGAGUUGUCUCCUCCGAAUCUGAUAACGAAACAAUUGACCAAGAUCAUAUCCAGAAUGGAAAUGGCAUAAACGAUGGUGAGCAACAUAGUGAUCAUGAAUCUCUUGUAGCUGACCAAAUGUUUGAUUCUGAUGCUAUGAACCAACAGCUAGCACUUGUUGAAGACUUAGAUCAUGCUCACGACGAAGAACAUGAGCAUGCAUGUUCAUAUUGUGGCAUCCAUACUCCUAGUUCUGUUGUCAAAUGCAACACCUGUAACAAGUGGUUUUGUAACGCCAAGACUGACUCGUCAAGUUCCCAUAUCAUCACCCAUUUGGUUAUGUCUCGACAUAAUCAAGUCAGUCUACAUGAAGAUUCAGAUUUAGGUGACACUACAUUAGAAUGUUAUAAUUGUGGAAAUAAAAAUGUAUUCAUGUUGGGAUUUGUAAGUGCUAAACAAGAAUCAGUGGUUGUCAUAUUGUGUAGAUUACCAUGUGCCAAUUCGAAAGAUAUUAACUGGGAUACAAGUCAUUGGCAAGCAUUGAUUGAAGAGCGUCAAUUUUUGUCAUGGUUAGCUCCACCACCACCUGAAGAAGCCCUUGUAAAUGCCAAAUUGAUCACCCCACAACAGAUUUCCAAAUUAGAAGCUCAAUGGAGAUUAAAUAGAGAUGCCACUAUCAAUGAUAUUGAAAAUACAGAUAAACAACAAGAAGAAGAGGUCCUACCCAUUUUGAUGAGAUAUAAUGAUGCCUUCCAGUAUCAACGAUCUUUUGGGCCCUUGGUUAAACUCGAAGCUGAUUACGACAAGAAUAUAAAAGAAUCCCAAGCUUUGGAACAUAUCCAAGUUAAAUGGGCUCUUGGAUUGAAUAAUAGACAUUUAGCAUCGUUUACAUUAUCUACUUACGAAAAUAGUGAUUUGAAAGUUGCAGUUGGUGAUGAAAUCAUAUUGAGAUACAGUGGAUUUCAACGAGAACCAUGGGAAGGCAAUGGGUAUAUCUUGCGUUUACCUAACAAAAAUCAAGAAGAAUUUACUUUGGAAUUGAAUCCUUCUAAAGUGACCCCUCCAACUGAUUUAACUACUGAUUUUACUGCUGAAUUUGUUUGGAAGGGAACCUCAUAUGAUAGAAUGCAACAAGCAAUGAAAGAUUUUGCAACCGAUGAAACUUCAGUAUCUUCCUAUAUUUACCAUAAGUUAUUAGGUCACGAAGUUGUUCCAAUUGAAUUUGAUACUGAGUUACCACAGCGAUUUUCUCAUCCAGCAUUAACCGAAUUGAACGUAUCACAAACAAAUGCUGUACGUACAGUUUUACAACGUCCAUUAUCCUUAAUCCAAGGUCCACCAGGUACUGGUAAAACCGUCACUUCGGCUACUAUUAUCUAUCAUCUUUCUAAACUCAAUAAGGAAAAAAUCUUGGUAUGUGCACCAUCUAAUGUUGCAGUUGAUCAUUUGGCUGAAAAAUUAGAUUUACUCGGAUUGAAAGUAGUUAGAUUGACCGCAAAAUCUCGUGAAGAUGUCGAUAGUUCCGUCAGUCAUUUGGCAUUACAUAAUCUUGUUAACAAAGGUGCCAAGGGUGAAUUUAAAAAGUUGAUCAAAUUGAAAAAUGAAGUUGGGGAAUUAUCCGUGGAAGAUUCUCGAAUUUAUUUCCGUAAUUUAAGAAAUUCCGAACUGAAACUUUUAGACAAGUGUGAUAUUGUAUGUUGUACAUGUGUGGGAGCUGCCGAUAAAAGAUUAUCUCAAUUUAAGUUUAGAACUGUUCUUAUUGACGAAAGUACCCAAGCUUCUGAACCAGAAGUGCUUAUUCCAAUAGUUAAAGGGGCAAAACAAGUUAUUUUGGUUGGUGACCAUCAACAAUUGGGUCCUGUAAUUUUGGACCGUAAAGCUGCAGACGCAGGUUUGAAACAAUCACUUUUCGAGAGAUUAGUGUUCUUGGGCCAUGUUCCUAUUAGAUUAGAAGUGCAGUAUAGAAUGCACCCAUGUCUUUCUGAUUUCCCAAGUAAUAUGUUUUACGAAGGCUCUUUACAGAAUGGUGUUACCAGUGACGAUAGAUUAAUUGAAGAUGCUACAUUCCCUUGGCCAAUGGUUGAUACUCCCAUGAUGUUUUGGGCCAAUUAUGGACGUGAAGAAUUGAGUUCAUCUGGUAAUUCUUUCUUGAAUCGUGUUGAAGCUAUGAAUGUCGAAAAAAUUAUUACCAGAUUAUUUAAAGAUGGGGUUACUCCGGAUCAGAUUGGGGUUAUUACUCCAUAUGAAGGCCAAAGAGCUUAUCUUGUCCAGUUUAUGCUGAUGAAUAGUACAUUAUUGGAUAAAAGAGAUCAGUAUCUUGAUGUGGAAAUCACCAGUGUUGAUGCAUUCCAGGGUCGUGAAAAGGAUUUUAUUAUCCUUUCGUGUGUUCGUGCCAACGAUGCCCAAAGUAUUGGGUUUUUGUCAGAUCCCAGAAGAUUGAAUGUGGCAUUGACAAGAGCAAAGUAUGGUUUAAUUGUAUUGGGAAAUCCCCGAGCAUUAUGUCGUAACCGUUUAUGGAAUUGUCUUUUGGUUCACUUUAGAGAAAAGGGUUGUCUUGUUGAUGGACCUUUGGACAAUUUACAAUUAUCCAUGGUUCAAUUAAAUAAUACCGUAACUUCUGCCAAUAAGUACAGUCAUAGACCUGGAAAACAGGUACCUAAAUUUGGGACUGCUUCUACCUUACAAUCAAUGACUGAUUUUGACAGUGCUAGUGUUUUAUCGUACGAUAAUAGUGCAAUUAAUGAAGGAAGCCGAACUAGGGUGGAUGCAUGGCCAACUCUUGGAAACAAUAAUGCAUCCUUUAAUAAGAAUAGUUCCAUCAGUGCUAAUUUUUACAGUAAGUUGGACAAAUUGAAUGGUAAUUACGAUAAAACGGGAAGGUAUAAUGCUGAUAAUAUCGAGGAUGAUAUUAGGAGUAUCACUAGUUCAUUUGCUGCUGGAUUGAAUUUUUAG